UGAUUGGAAGCGCUGCUCAGUGACGUCUCGUCCGGAAGCUUCUUUGCUUUGCCCUUGUACACAAAAUUUAUGCCUUUUCGUGUACAAUACUCUCCGCUUCUCGUUUUCUGUCUGUGUUGAGCCUUUUCUGUGUAUCGCCAUGUCUCUGGCUGCUGAGGCUUUCGUCUCUCAGAUGGCAGCUGCUGAGCCAUGGCCUGAAAAUGCCACACUCUAUCAGCCAUUGAGAGAGGAUCAGAUCCUUCUGUCUGAUUGUGCAUCCUCUUUGGCAGUUCAGGCGUACCUAAGGAUGUGCAACCUACCAGUGCGAGUGUCUUGCCGUGCUAAUGCUGAGUACAUGUCACCAUCAGGGAAGGUUCCUUUCAUUCAUGUCGGUAAUCAGGUUGUUUCAGAGUUGGGACCAAUAGUGCAGUUCACAAAAGCAAAGGGCCACUCUUUGAGUGAUGGCCUGGAUGAUGUUCAGAGAGCAGAGAUGAAGGCCUAUAUGGAGCUGGUCAACAACAUGCUGCUCACAGCUGAGCUGUAUAUUCAGUGGUGUGAUGAUACCACAUCUUCAGAGAUCUCAAGGCCACGGUACAGUAGUCCAUAUUCGUGGCCUCUUAAUCACAUCCUUGCCUAUCAGAAGCAGUGGGAGGUUCGUCGGAAAAUGAACGCUAUUGGCUGGGCAGGAAAAAGUCUUGAACAGGUGUACGAGGAUGUUAGCCAGUGUUGUCAGGCUCUCUCCCAGCGACUUGGGACUCAGCCCUACUUUUUCAACAAGCAGCCAACCGAGCUGGAUGCCCUGGUCUUUGGUCAUCUAUUCACAAUCCUGACCACCCGUCUCACCAGUGAUGAACUUAGUGAGAAGAUUAAGUCCUACAGCAACCUUCUCUCCUUCUGCCGACGUAUUGAACAGACAUAUUUUGAGGAACAGGACAGAGACAGCCAGUCAGGAGCCUCACACCACUCAAAAGGCCCCUCCCUUAUUUGAAGCACUGUCUCCAUGCCUGAGUACCAUUCCUCCCUCCACUGAUCUGUAGUAAAGUGAGAAAGUUGUGUACCUAGUCAAAGCAAGCUGAUACUGUGGCAUAAUGUUUCACAGUUAAUGAUUUAUUUUAUUGUUGUGUAAAUGUAUAAUAUUUAAUAAAAAAAACUGCCUGAUCAGAUCAGUGGAAGAAAGGAGGUGGCACCAUCACUUAGGCUUAACCAACGUUCCACGAUAUUCCAGCACUCUUCCAACCUGUCCUUUUUCCUGAUUGCAAUGCCAUAUACAUAUAUAUAUAAGUCUGCCUGUUGAAAAUGUAGAUUGUUGAAACCGAUAUUUUCAUUAGGUGUAGAUUUUGAUUUUCCACUGCGGUGAUUUCUGGUUUAAUAUGAUGUACAUGGAAGUGCCUACAAGGAAAAAUAAACACAAAAUUCCACAGUA